AUGGAUUCCUCAUUGUACCAAGUUUGGCAAUCUGCUGCUGGCAGUCCCUUCCUCCCCGUUAUUGCUAAGGAAAGCCAAUUCACCGUCGCCUUUGCGCUUCUCUCGCUGGGACUCGCCUUUACCGGUAUCUUUGCACUGAAUCAUUCUCUGGUCAGCGUCGUUGCGCUCGGUGUCCCGGCCUCUCUUGCAAUUGCCUUUGGAACUGUCUAUAUGUUCUGUGCGGUCGGAGUUUAUGUCUGA